AUAAAUAAAUACCAACUUAGCAUCAACAUCGCAAACACAAACACAAACACCAAUCCACACACACACACCCAAAGAUUUUCUUGAUAUAUUAAUAAUUCAAGAAUCAAGAAAUGGAGGAAUCAGGACGUAAAGGUGAUCCGUUUCCAGGUUUUGAGAUGAGUUUUCACAAAGACGACUCCAUUUUCCGGCGAUCUCAAAGCUGCCGGCGGCUUCAGAGAAGAGCUCCAUGUCCUCUCUCAUUACCACCAAGACCUCCUCCUUCUGCAGAACCUCCUUCUGCGACCGGUGUCUCCACUUCUGCGUUGUGUCAGAACGGCACAGAUCCAAUCCCUCUACUGUCCCCUCUCGUCCUUCCUUCAAUGCUUCAACCUAAUCCCUCCACCACCUCUCAUUGACUCUCUUCUCUUCCGGUCUCUUCUUAUAUUUUUCAUGUACUGAGAAUGUUCUCAUUGAUAUUAUAUUUAUCCUUUUGAUCAUUUUGGUUUUUAUCUGAAUUUUUUUCAUCAUCUAGCUUCAAAUAUGUCAUUGUCUCUUUUCAGAUGAUGAUGAUCGUCCUCUCUUCUUUCUUGGUACUUGAUGAUUUUGUUAACAUUAUUGAUUAAUAUUUGUACAUACAGUGAGCAUCUAAUUAUCUUUUCCAAUGAUACAAUAUCCCACCAAGUGU